AUGUCUGAUUAUCGAACAAUCGCUGAAAGCAACUUCAGAGACGGCGUUCGGAUACACCAGGGCGAUAACUAUUAUAAAUGUUCGCAUGACGACAAGAAGAGAUGUUUACUUGAUUUACGGAUAACCGAUCCAGCACAUGACAAGGCGCGGAUUAAACAGUCCAAAGGUGGCUUGCGCGAGGAGUCAUACUGUUGGAUUUUUGAAAACGAAGAUUUCAAACAAUGGAAGAAGUCCAAAUCUGAUUCGCGGUUCCUCUGGAUAAAAGGAGAUACUGGAAAGGGGAAGACGAUGCUUCUAGCAGGUAUCAUCAACGGGCUGGCCACCGAACCAGGAAACUUUGGUCAAGUCGCAUACUUUUUCUGCCAAGAAACAGACAGUCGAAUCAACAACGCCACGGCCGUCCUCCGUGGUCUCAUAUAUAUGCUUGUCACAAACCGAGAGUCAUUACUGAUGCAUAGUGAGCAUGCUGGCAAACAGCUCUUCGAGGACUGCAAUGCUUUGGCUGUCCUCUCCCGCAUUCUGCACGCUAUCCUUGCAGACUCUAAUUUGAAAGACGUUGUAUUGAUUAUCGAUGCUCUAGACGAAUGCAUCACGGAUAUUCACUUGUUGCUGGAUUUGCUUGUCGACCUUUCCCGACGCAAAGUUAGAUGGAUUGUCUCUAGUAGAUAUUGGCCUGAGAUAGAUGUCCUUCAUGAUGCCGCUCAGAAGCUUGUCUUGCGUAUCGAGCUGAAUGAAGCCAGCAUCUCACAAGCCGUCAAGCGCUUUAUCAAUUACAAAGUGCACAGUCUUGCGCAACGCAGGCGAUUGGACGCCGACACAAAGUUAGCUAUCCAGGAAUAUAUGGAGUCGAACUGUGGCGAAACCUUUCUUUGGGUAGCAUUGGCUUGUCAACUCAUCGAAGAUCCUAAGUUGCCAGUCUGGAAAAUCCUCAGUAAGCACAGCGAGGCUCUAGUAGGUCUGGAUAACAUAUAUCAACGCAUGUUACAUCACACCGUUGAUUCACAAUUGUAA